CAGAAGACAACAGACACUGUAACAGUGUUUCAUCCCACAACAAGAGGACUCGACUCUAAACACACUCUGAAGAUGCUGUGCUCUCAUGGAUUCCAGUCUGCCCUCAGUCCAUUCAGCUUCUACUGGCCUGUACGCAGUCUGUGGCCAGAGGUCACACCUCUGCUCUACCAGCAGGAUCGACUGCAGAGAAACCUACAGGAGCUGUGCAGCAGUCUGGAGCUGAUGGAAAAACUUCAACACAACAUCCUGGAGGAGACGAAGCCUUUCCAAAGCAGUGUGGCCGUGCAGCCAGUCUCCUACCAGCUGGAGAAAGAGGGAGAGCACUUUAACCUGACUCUGGACACUCAAGGCUUUUCCCCAGAGGAGCUGUCUGUCAGGCAGGUGGGCAGGAAGCUGAGAGUCAGUGGGAAGACAGAGAAGAAGCAGGAGGACGGGAAGGGCUCCUACUCUUACAGACUCCAGGAGUUCAGACAGGAGUUUGAUCUGCCUGAAGAACUGAACCCUGAAGCCGUCACCUGCUGCCUGGCUCCAGACGGGAAGCUCCACAUCCAGGCAGCCAGAGCUCCAUGUGCUGAGGAGGCUGAGAGAGAGCUGACUAUCAAGAGGAGCCUGGAGGACAAAACACAGCAGAGUGUGUGUUCACACACAGAGGACAGCAGCACAGAGACACACAACAGCACACAGGACAAACCUGAACACAUGGACUGAUCAGUGUUGUUGUGCCAAUGAGAGGUUUUUUAUAUGGAUGAAUGAUGAUUAUAUAUUCCUUUGUGUGUUUGAAUGUAGAACAGAACAUUAUUAAAUAAAUGUAUUUCAACCUUAUCAUUAUUUCUUUGGUAUUUUUACUCAAGUUUUUUUUAAAAUUUCUUUUGACACAAAUAUGUGCAGGUAAAUACAAAACAUAGGAAAGGUUUUUUAUACAAACGUUAAAUGAUUGGAUUGGAUUGGAUUUUUAAAAACCUGUUUCUGCAUAAUCAAUAAAUGUAUUCAUCCAUUUCAACUAUGAUUUUUUUUUUUACUUUUUAUAACUACUACACAGUUUUAGCACAAUCAGGGUAAACAAACAACAAGUAGAACCUGAAAGUCUGGUCUUACUGCUUGCCCUCUAAAUAGUAAAUAGGUUUGAACUGGUGUGGAAUAAUCAUAAUGUUGUUGUACCAAUACAAGUGUACAUGUUUUUUAUUCAAAU